GAGCAGGGGAGGGGAAAAAGCAGUACAGUUUUUAUUACAUAAAAAUGCUAUAAGCAGUACAGCUGAACAAUGUGUGACAAUGGAAAAUAUAUCUACUGAGAGAAAUCACAUUCUUCUGCAAAUAAUAAUUCUAAAAAUGCAGCUGCUGAAGAAAAUGCAGAGGAGACAUAGCAGUAACACGGAUAGCCUCCCCCCAGAAAGAUCAAGAAGCCAAACAGUUGGUUCCGAGUCUAGUGUUGAUGAAGGUGGAGUUUUUGAAAGCCUGAAACCUGAAUCCUCCACUUCUCAGCAGCUUUUCUCAGGGCUGGCAGGACUUCAGUCUGCUUCUAUAACAGCUGCUCCCUUCCAGUCUGGUUUAGUACUGGGCUCAUCUGCCAGUGGAGGGGAGGUGUUCAUUCAGAUGACUCCUCCAAGAGAAGAAGGAGCCAUGCACCCUGAGGGCAUACCGUACCAUCACCAUCGACAGCACCAUCACCAUUUUCACCAUAGCCAUCAUCGGUCUUCACUUCUGCAUGUGACAGGGGACCGUCAUGGUAAUGCAGAAGACAGCAGUGAUGAGCCAGGGACUCCUGCACCUGCACUUUCAGAGCUGAAGGCUGUGAUCGCAUGGCUGCAGAAAGGCUUCCCUUUCAUCUUAAUUCUUUUGGCAAAAGUUUGCUUCCAGCAUAAGCUCGGUAUUGCAGUAUGCAUUGGAAUGGCAAGUACUUUUGCAUACGCCAACUCAACUCUGAAGCAUCAAGUGUCUCUAAGGGAGAAGCGGUCUGUGUUGGUGGUACUAUGGAUUUUGGCAUUCCUUGCUGGAAACACAUGUUAUCUGUACUACACUUUCAGCUCCCAGCAGUUGUAUAACAGUGUGAUCUUUCUGAAACCUAAUUUGGAUGGCCUGGAGUUUUUUGACCUGAUCUGGAUUGUUGGGAUCACAGAUUUUGUGCUCAAAUACAUUACAAUCUCUCUAAAGUGCCUGGUCCUCAUCUUGCCAAAAAUCACUUUAGCUGUCAAGUCAAAGAGUAAGUUUUACUUACUAAUAGAGGAAGCAAGUCAGCUGUUUCGCUCACUAGUUCCCAUCCAGCUGUGGUACAAGUACAUUGUGGGUGAAGAUCCAUCCAGCAGUUACUUCGUGGGAGGUGUACUCAUAAUACUCUACAGUCUUUGUAAGUCAUUUGAUAUCUGUGGCCGUAUUGAAGGUGUAAGAAAAGCAGUGAAAAUACUUUGCAGUUCACAGAACUGUGGUACUCGAGCCACCAGUCAACAGUGUAGUGAGGCUGGUGAUAUGUGUGCCAUCUGUCAGACGGAAUUUAGAGAUCCUGUCAUCCUCAUGUGCCAGCAUGUAUUUUGUGAGGAAUGCAUUUGCCUUUGGUUCGACAAGGAAAGGAACUGCCCACUUUGUCGCUGUGUGGUCGUAGAGACACUGCGUUGCUGGAAGGAUGGUACCACAUCUGCCCAUUUCCAGGUGUAUUAGUGAAGAACUGGUGUGGAAUGCUAGCUAUAUGCAGUUUAUCAUCUUUGGUACUUCAGUACAAAGGCAGACAGCAAGGUCUGCUUUAAGCAGAGAGACAUCUGAGACUGGCCUUUUAGAAAGUGCAACCUUUUAAAAACCUAGAUCAUUAUAAAACACGUGCUGAAUUUUUAAGUGUGACCCUGUGGGCAGCAGGAUUAAGCCUUGUUAAUGUCCAUACAGUUUUUAUUCAUUACACAGGCUUGUGACCAUUAAUGCAAGAAAAUAUGCAGUAUGUACUGAGAGUAUUGCAAUCUUAACACUGCUAUAUGAAGAAGCCCACUGCAACAUGAAAUUAAGCCUGUAUUAAAUAAUGUAGAUUUUCCUUAUGUUUCAUUCUCUGAUAAGAACAAUUUUAUUCAAGGCUAGUUUUCUAAGAUGGUUUGUGAACAGUGGAGAUUUUUAUUGGAUUAUUUAGGCUCAUUCAGUAAAAGAAUGUAAGGUGUGGAAAAAAAAAUCUCAUUCUGUGCAUGUCCCAAGCUUAUGCAUAACAGCAAAGGUUAGAACAUGGCUUUGAUUAAUUCAUUUUAGAGUAAGUUAAAAUGAACCACACUUUUUGUGGUGUAGAAAUGCUGAGUAACAUCAUUAAAGGAAACAUCUCUUUCUGGUAAACAGUCUGGCAUUGACCCCUGGUGGUUGUGGCCACAGAAUGAUGUCCAUAGACCUUUAGCUGGUUAUAGAGGCCUUUAGGGAUAUUACAGUUGUGGCUGUGCUGUUAGCCAUACUCUGUUAGCCAUAGCCCUUUACCUAUGAUGUCCAUAGACCUUUACUUGGUUAAAGAGGCCUUUUGGGAUUUUACAGGUGUGGCUGUGCUGUUAGCCAUAGCCCUUUACCUAUCUACAGAGGUCUUUUGGGAUAUUAUGAGGUGUGACUAUGCUGUUAGCCAUAGUCAGUCUCACUACAUGCUUUUGCACUAUAAUAAUUAAUUGUAAAUGGCGCCAGGACAUCAACGAGGCCACAGCAAUUUGAAGUGUAACAUUUGUUACAGAGUUUUAUACACUCAUGGUCAAGCACAUGGCUCUAUAUUACAGAACUGAAACGGCAAAACAUUGACAGCCGUUUCAUCGACCCCAAAAUACCAAACUACAAGUUACGCUAACAGCCAGAUGAGAGUUUUUUCCUAGGGAAAAAAAAAACAAUUGGCUGUUGCCAUGAAUUUGCCCUUUUCCCCACUGUAGUGCAAUCUCAAA